GAGCAGCAAAAAAACACAAAGGCUUAUUUGAAAAAACAAAAUCCCUUCUUUUUCACACAGAGACACCUUUUACUGUGUGUUUUCGAUCGAUUUUUCGUUGAAUUUAACGAAUAAUUCGUUGAUUUCGUGUGAUUUUCGGUCGAUUUUUUUUGAAAUUUGAAUCUGAUUGAGUAAUGCUUGAGUUACGUUGAAUGAAUUUUGAAUUUUUGCGUUUUUUUUUUGUUUAAUUUGAUGGAUUUUAUGGUAUUGUUAGUGGAAUAUAAGUGAAUUUUGAAUUUUUUGGGGAUUUUUGGUGAAUUUUGAAUUUUUUUUUGUGAGUUUUUUGUGUUUUUUUUGAAUGGAGAAAAGUGAGGGAGGAGAUUUUCCGGCGAAAAAGGUGGAAUCGGAGGUGGUUAACUCUGCCGUAACGACGGCGGCGACGGCGGGAGUGGAUUUUCCGGCGAAGAAGCUGGCAAGGCAGCUGGAUUUUACGGUGUUUAGUCAAUCUCCAGCGGCGGCGGUUACGUCUGUGACAGAGCAAAAUCAGCCGGUAGUAAUGACGUCAGGUGCACAAGUUGUACCGGUGAAGCUAACGCCGGUAAUAAGGCCACAAUUACAGCUACAACCACAGCAACAACAACAGUCACAGACUCAGCCGCAACAGCAGCAGCAGCAACAUGUGUUGUUGAUGCCGAUGAAAGGAACGGCGGCUGCGGCGCCUCCUACUACUCAUCCUUCAAUUCGACCUCCGAAACCAGACUCUCCAAGAGCACGUUCAAGGCAAGGUACUAGUGAAGUAAAAGAUGGUACUCCUAAAAAGCAAAAGCAGUGUAACUGCAAGCACUCUCGAUGUUUGAAGUUGUAUUGUGAAUGCUUUGCAUCUGGAAUAUACUGUGAUGGGUGCAAUUGUAACAAUUGUCACAACAAUGUUGAAAAUGAGCCUGCUAGGCGCGAAGCAGUUGAAGCUACUUUAGAGCGUAAUCCACAUGCAUUCAGGCCUAAAAUUGCCAGCAGUCCACAUGGAGCUCGAGAUAAUAAGGAGGAAACCGGGGAUGGCUUAGUCUUGGCAAAGCAUAACAAAGGAUGCCACUGCAAGAAAUCAGGUUGCCUCAAGAAGUACUGUGAGUGCUUCCAAGCCAAUAUUCUUUGCUCUGAAAAUUGUAAAUGCAUGGACUGCAAAAAUUUUGAAGGAAGUGAAGAGAGACAGGCUCUUUUCCAUGGAGAUCAUGCAAACAAUAUGGCAUAUCUCCAACAGGCGGCAAAUGCUGCUAUCACGGGUGCCAUUGGAUCCUCUGGUUAUGGAUCUCCUCCAGUGACCAAGAAAAGAAAGGCCCAGGAACUGUUCUUUGGGUCAACACUCAAGGACCCUGUCCACAGGCAUGGACAACUCCAACAGGGGAACCAUAUUAAAUCUUCUGCCUUACCUUCAUUAUCUUCAAUUCCUGGUCCAUGUGUUUCAAAUGCUGCAACAGUGGGUCCUUCCAAGUUUACUUACAGGUCUCUAUUGGCAGACCUCAUCCAACCACAGGACUUGAAGGAGCUUUGCUCAGUUUUAGUUGUAUAUUCAGGAGAAGCAGCGAAAAUGCUGGCAGAUGAAAAGGACGCUUCACAAAAACAGGCUGAGGGUCAGACAGAAGCUUCCCUUGCUUCAUCAACGCAGGAGCGAGUACAAAACCAGAAAGAUUCAGGUACUGAUAAGGAUAUGCAUGAUUGCUGUUCAAGUGGGGACCAGGGUGAGAAAAUCAGCAUGGAAGAGUCUAGUUUGGAUGGAGCAGAUGUAUCAAAAAGAAGGCCAAUGUCGCCUGGGACGUUAGCACUAAUGUGUGAUGAAUCGGACGCCAUGUUUGCAGCUGCCGUUACUUCCCCUAAUGACCUAGCAACUCUUAGCAGUAAUACAUCUUCUCAAUUGCCCCAUGGGCAAGGCGUGACAGAGACAUACGGGGAACAGGAAAGGAUCGUGUUGACAAAAUUUCGUGAUUGUCUUAAUAGGCUUAUCACUCUAGGCGAAAUAAAAGAAACAAAAUGUUCAUCAAUGGUGCGAGGUACUGACUCGGUUGAUCAACAAGGUAUGACCGGUAAUGUUUUUACUACGGCUGAAACGAGGAAUCAACAUGAUUCCUUUAACAAUGGUGUUUCCAGGUCUUCUCUUCCUCAGUCAAGAACAACAACUCAGAUGUUCAGUGCCUUAGUAACUACUGCUAAUAAUACCGCGCUUUCUAAAGUUCAUCGUCCAGAUGAGAAUGGAGAUGUCAAGCCAAAAGUCUGAAAGAAAAAAAAAAAAAUUAUAGUUAGCUUUAGAAUAUGAGAUAUUGCCUGCUAACUGCUGCAUCUUUGUAAUAUUAGGCUAUUCAUCAUUAAAUCUUUUCUUUGAUGUAGCAGCAAAAUUGAUUGAAAGCACCAUUUGUUACAACUAACAAGCCUUGUAACUUCUAGCACAAUUUAUUUUACUGCAAUUUUAAUCAAAAUUGCAUUUUGUUCAA